AAAAGAGAGAAACUAUAAUAACACCUAUUUAUAUUCAACAACCAAAAUAAGAAUAAUCAGACUACAUUCAUUCUCACACAUGGCUACAAUGGAAAUUCCUGCAUUACUAGUCAUAAUUUUCAUAAUUUUCAUCCUGAUAAUUAGAAAGAAUAAAGAAACACUGAAUUAUCCUCCUGGAAGUUUUGGAUGGCCAUUUCUUGGAGAAACACUGGACUUUCUUCGAGCAGCAAAAAAAGAAGGAAAGCCAGAAAAAUUCGUCAAAGACAGAAUAGAGAAAUACAAGUCUAAAAUAUUCAAGACUUCAUUAAUGGGGGAGAAAAUGGUGGUAUUGGGUAGUGCUAGUGGGAAUAAAUUCUUAUUUAGCAAUGAAAAUAAGCAAGUCACCGUUUGGUGGCCUGUAACUGUUAAGAAAAUUCUAGGAAGUUGUUUGGUUACUACUGCUGGAGAAGAGGCAAAGCUUAUGAGGAAGAUGAUUUCUUCUUUUAUUAGUCCUGAUGCUUUUUCAAGACUAUAUAUCAAAGCCAUGGAAGUUGUUGCCCACGACCAUUUUAAGAAUUAUUGGGAAGGUAAAGAGAAGGUGAAGGUGUUUCCCCUGGUCAAAUUAUACACUUUCAAAGUGGCAUGUCAUCUAUUCAUGAGCAUUGAAGAUGACAAUGAAAUUGAAAGGCUUUCCGAGCUGUUCCACAUUUUCUUGAAAGGACUUCUAUCACUCCCUCUAUAUUUACCUGGUACAGCAUUUUACAAGGCAGCUAAAGCUACAGAUGCUAUUAGGAAAGAAUUAUUUCAAGUUGUAAGAAAAAGAAGAGAAGCCUUGGACCAAAAGGCAGCUUCACCUUCACAAGACAUAUUGACUCAUUUGCUGUCUUGCCCAGAUGAAAAUGGAAAGUUCAUGUCUGAACUUGUUGUUGUUAAUAACAUUUUGUUGCUGCUCUUUGCUGGCCAUGACACUUCAUCUGUCACUCUUACUUUACUCAUUAAGAGACUCGCAGAGUACCCUCAAGUUUAUCAAAACAUUCUGCAAGAGCACAUUGAGAUAGCAUCGGCAAAGAAAGAAGGAGAGUUUUUGAGUUGGGAUGAUAUACAGAAGAUGAAGUAUUCGUGGAACGUAGUAUCUGAAGUUAUGAGACUGACACCACCUGCAAUAGGGGCUUUUCGAGAAGCAAUUGUGGACAUAAAUUAUGAAGGUUAUCACAUCCCUAAGGGGUGGAAGUUCUACUUGAAUACUUCUUUAACAAGUCUGGAUUCCGAGAUUUUCCCCAAUGCGACGAGCUUGGAACCAUCAAGAUUUGAAGGAGCCGGACCUGCACCAUAUACAUACAUUCCAUUCGGGGGAGGAGCUCGAAUGUGCCUAGGGAAAGAGUUUGCUCGACUGGAGAUUCUCAUAUUUCUGCACAUCUUAAUCAGGAAAUUCAGUUGGAAAUUACUCAUUCCUGAUGAGAAAAUUAUAUAUGAUCCAAUGGCUACCUUUGUUGAAGGACUUCCCAUUAUCCUUCAACCUCACAAUUCUUGAUUCAUAUUUUUCUUACCGAUACACAAGCAUUGUCAGCCACAUAAGUAACAAACCCCCUUUUGUAUUUGAUGUUGUAUAAGAAUUGAUUAAAAAUUACUCCCCGUUUUAUAAUAAGUGGUAUUUCAGGCUUUUUAUUUUAUUCCAAGAUAAGUGGUGGUUUAGAAUUUCAAGAAGAAA